AUGCCAAUCGAAAGAAUAUUUGCAUCACAAAAAGUAGAUUCACUACAUGGAACAAAGAAUAAAAUAGUUCAAGUAGAUUCCAAUGCUAUUCCAGCACAAGCAUUUAAUGUUCUAAUUGAUAAUAGGAUUCAAUCGGUACCAGUAUAUGAUUUGGUUGCAAAUAAAUAUAGUGGAUUUCUAGAUAUCCGUGAUUUGGUUUCAUUUACAGUGUUUAUCAAUGAUAACAAUGUUCAGGCACAGACUCUAUUGGAUAUUGUAAACUUUGGUGUGAAAAUGUUUAAACAUCCUACUGAUGUAUCUAUAACAUAUUUAUCAAGAAGAAAUCCUUUCAAUUCUGUUACUUUAGGAUCACCUUUAUUAAAGGUAGUGGAGAUACUCUCGAAAGGUACACAUAGAGUUCCAAUAGUCGAUGAGAAUAACAAGUUGGUGGAUAUCAUCUCACAGUCAUCGAUAAUCAGUUUCAUAGAGAAGAAUAUUGGUGUUGAUAUUUUACCAUCUCUAGAUAAAAAGAUUUCAGAGUUGAAAGAUUUAGGUGUAUCACCUGUUACAUCGGUAACGACAAAUGUAAAGGCAAUCGAUGUAUUUAGAUUGAUGGAUACACAUCAGAGAAGUGGCGUUGCAAUCGUCGAUGAGAAUAACAAGCUGGUUGGAACCAUUAGUAGCGAGGAUCUAAAACUGUUCAUUAACAAUCCAUCGACCGAUGUACUCCAACUGACAAUCAUGAAGUUCCUAAGUUGUAUUAGACAACUUAAUAAUUCAGAAAGUAUUCAUUGUGCAACAGGACAUGACACUCGUCAAGGUUAUCAGUAUUACAGAUAUUCUUAG